UGAUUUAUUUGCUACAAUUGUAGUAGUGGUUUCAUCAUCUUCAUGUCUUCCCUCGUGUAUGUUCAGUCCAGCACGCUAAACUACACUACAGUGCUGGCUGAGCCGUGAGCCAGCAAUGAUGGACGCGCUGGCGACAGUAGUCCGCAUAGCGUGGUACCUUGCGCACGGUGUACCGCUGCUUCUCCUGUUCUUUGCUGCCAAGUUUUUGCCUUUGUGGCGACGAUCAGCUACAAUCCGAAAGCGUCUUCAAGCAGCUGGUGUUCCUCAACCCGUGCCUGGACACUGGUUUUGGGGCCAUAUAGAGAACUUUACCAACAGGCUAUCCGUCCGACAGCGGCGCAAAGCCUGGCUUACACUAUGUCCUCGUCUGCAGUACACCAGCUUGUCGUUUCUUUUCCCAACCACGUCUCUAACGAAUGCUGAAACAGCGUCCGUGUUGCUACGGUCAUCUGAACCAAAGUUCGAGUAUUUGUACUCGUUUCUAAAGCCGUGGUUGGAUGAUGGCCUCCUGCUGAGCAAUGGGCAGAAGUGGGCCAGAGAUCGGCGACUGCUAACUCACUGCUUCCACUUUGACAUACUGCGAGACUACAUAGAGGUGUAUACGGAUGCGUGCGGCAUCAUGCUGCAGAAAUGGUCCGAAUCGUGUGCAAGAGGAGAGAGCGUGGACGUGACUGCUUCGUGUACCAUGCUAACACUGGAUGUGAUUCUGCGGUGCGCAAUGGGCUUUGAGUCCGACUGUCAGAUCGAGGAGAAGGCGGACAGGAGAUCCGCGCAGUAUGUUGCUUCCGUAAAGGCGCUGACUGUUCUUAUCGAGCGGCGAUUUCUGAACCUAUUCCACCACAACGACUUCAUAUACUGGCUGACUUCGGAUGGCCGUGCUACAAGUAGGCAUUUAUCAAUCUUACACGACAUGAGCCAAAUGCUGAUUGCGGAAAGGCGUGCUGCAAUCAAUGAAGACAUGCCCACCAGCAGCGAUACAGACGGUCACAAACACCACAAGUACCGCGACUUUCUGGACGUUCUUGUCACUGUGAAGGAUGAGGAUGGGAAAGGCCUGACGGAUGAAGAAAUCCGCGAGCAAGUGGACACGUUUCUGUUCCGUGGACACGACACAACAGCAAGUGCCCUCCAGUGGACAAUCUACUACCUAUCUCUUCACGAGGACAUCCAGGAGAAAUGUCGCCAAGAGGUGCAGAGCGUCCUGCAGAAGAGUGGCCACAGCACGGAGACAAUGAAUCACGCCGAUUUGACCGAGAUGAUCUACUUGACGCAAGUCUUGAAGGAAGCGCUCCGUCUCAGCGCCCCGGUUCCUUUCAUUUCGCGACAGUUGACACAGGACACAAAGGUAGAUGGGUAUACAUUGCCGGAAGGCCUGCAGGUACAAGUGCCUAUACUGGAUGUGCACAGAAACCCACAGCAAUGGUCCGAUGCGGAUACAUUCGACCCAGAUCGAUUUUGCCCGGAGGAGAUAUCAAAACGACACCCGUUCGCCUACGUUCCGUUUUCGGCUGGCCCACGUAACUGCAUCGGUCAGACAAUGGCCAUGGACGAGAUGAAGACGACGCUGGCAUGCACAGUGAAUCGAUUUCGCAUUCGUCCAGAUCCAGCCGCAAGGACACCGAUCUGGAGGCCCCAGUUGGUUUCAAGAGCCCAUUUUGGCAUAAAGGUACACCUUGAAGAGAUUGAUGCGUAAGAGAAACGACCAGCACAGCCGGGUGUAGCGGUUUGUUCUGUGUUUGUGGCGUGCGUUCAACUGCUUCCGCAGCCUCAGCAAUCAGCAGCCUGGCCGUGGGUACUACAGUCCUGCUCAAUGAAAUCCAGUCGCGGCACUCAAGUUUGCGCCGUGCACCGUUUCGAAGCCCAGUGUUCGCAGGUCUAGGGCUGUACAAUGGCUGGCGCUUACUUACGUGACCUGGCUGACCCGGCUGACCUGGCUGGAUUUCAUGGAUCAGCACUGUAGUUAGUAAUCAUGACCUCCAUUUUUGUAGUGGACCAUGCCAGCUCUGUUUUGAUCCAGGUUAUAUUAUUUUCAUGGACUUGUUUUCCCCGCAUUUUAGUGCUGGGAAAAUUAUAUGCGAUUCAUUUAUUGGUUUCCAAAUUUACCUUUUUCGUUACUUUCCCCAAAGUGUAGUAUUAAAUAGUUUUCUUUUCUUAGCCAUUUGACCGGCCCUCUGUGGCGAAAAACUCUGAAACAGUGUCUAUGUUUUGUCAAAUUAUUUUGAAGAAGUUCAUGCAGCGAGCAAUUAAUGAUAUCCGUCAUCACAUGGAGUAUUAGGAUAGAUUGUCUUCUGUCAAUUUUGAAUAUACCGGUAAGUGGUUCAUAUAGUAAGCAAUGGUAUGGAUCACUACGAUCAUUAUUUGAAGAUGUACAUAAUUAUAGUUUUCUGUCAAUAGGAUUAUGUUCUAUAAUGACAAAACACCCAUUCAUCAACUUCUAUUUCAAAUCACAUUGAUUUAUACAUGCACUUCCCUAUGUUGAACAACUGUCUGAGCCACUUCAAAGUCCACCAUUGUUACUAUUUUUAUCAGAGUGCCAUGCCUGGGGUAUAUUGACAAGUACCGGUAUGUAUUUAAAUUAGCCUACAAGGUCGAAACAGCUGGCUGUUCGGAGAUGGAGAACAGAAAACAGAAACAGAAAACCGGCAGACGUUGAUACUUUUUCUGGUAUGUUUCAUGUAUGUUCGGUAUGUUGAUGAAGAAGAGGAGAAGAAUUUGA